AUGGAUCUGGCUGUGCUCUUGGCAGCGCUCCUGGGACUCCUCAUUGUCAAGGCUCUUUUGUUUCAGCUGAGAAACCCGAGCUCCCCUCCUUGCAUCAGGAGCUGGAUCCCUUGGUUUGGAGCUGCGUUUCAGUUCGGGAAAGCUCCCCUGGAGUAUAUAGAGCAAGCCAGAAACAAGCAUGGACCUGUGUUCACAAUAUUUGCUCUGGGAAAACGAUUCACCUUUGUGACUGAAGAAGAAGGAACUGAAGCAUUUUUUAAAUCUGAAGACUUAAAUUUUGAGCAGGCAGUACAACAAGCUGUCAAGAAUGCAGUCUCUGUUCCUGCAGAAGCAUUUUAUCAGAAUCAUGGUAAUCUCUACAGCAUGAUGAAGGGGAAAAUGAGUCCCUCUAAUCUGCACAUGUUCUCCGGCACUUUGUGUAAGGAGCUCCACGAGCACAUGGCUCACCUGGGCACAGAGGGCACAGGUGACCUCAAUGACCUGGUAAGGCAUAUCAUUUAUCCAGCCGUGGUGAAUACCCUGUUUGGGAGGGGCAUCUGCCCAACCAGCCCGAGUGAAAUCAAGGAGUUUGAAGAGCAUUUUCGGAAGUAUGACGAGGACUUUGAAUACGCUUCUCAGAUGCCCGAGUGCUUCCUGAGGAACUGGUCUAAAUCAAAAAAAUGGCUUCUAAAAUUAUUUGAGAAAGUAGUGUUGGAUGCUGAGAGGACCAACCCUUCAGAGACUGCAUCCAAGACACUUCUACAGCAUCUCCUGGAUAACUUGCAGGGAAAACAUCUAGCUCCCAAUUACGGUCUCCUGAUGCUCUGGGCUGCCCAAGCAAAUGCUGUGCCCGUUGCAUUUUGGACCCUUGCUUUCAUACUCUCUAAUCCUGCUAUUUACAGGAAAGUCAUGGAAGACCUGGCUUCUGUUUUUGGCAAAGCAGGUAAAGAUAAACUGGAAGUCUCUGAGGAGGAUCUGAAGAAGAUCCCUUUCAUUAAAUGGUGCACUUUGGAAGCCAUACGGUUGAGGUCUCCAGGUGCAAUCACCAAGAAAGUCAUAAACCCAAUUAGAAUUAAGAAUUUCACCAUCCCUGCAGGUGACAUGCUGAUGUUGUCACCAUAUUGGUUGCACCGGAAUCCAAAAUAUUUUCCUGACCCAGAAAUGUUCAAACCUGAUCGUUGGAAAGAGGCAAAUUUAGAGAAGAAUGCUUUCUUGGACAGCUUUGUGGCAUUCGGAGGAGGGAAGCAUCAGUGUCCAGGAAGGUGGUUUGCAAUCAUGGAAAUCCAGCUGUUUGUUGUGCUUCUCCUGUACAAGUAUGAAUUUGUGCUGUUGGAUGUAGUGCCAAAGGAGAGCCCUUUACAUUUGGUGGGGACACAGCAACCCAUGGCACCAUUACAGGUCCGAUAUAAAUGCCGGGAAUGA